CUUGACUGCGGCCAGGUCCUGGUCUCCAUUCUCCAUCACACUGACUACAUCGCCAUCAAUAACAACAACAGGACGACGACAAGAUACCACCUAUCCAGCUGCCCUAUUCGAACUCGCACAAACAACAAGACAGUAUAGAGCAAAACGAUUAGAACACUGUCAAGAUGAAGCCUCUUGUGGGAGCCAUGCAGGCUUGGAGCUGCACCGUCAUCUCCGCCUUCGCCAUGCUCAUCCUCGGCGUCUUGUGCAUCCUCUUCAACAACAACCACCCGGAGCUCGUAGGCGGUACGGAGGACCCAGAGGACGGGAAGGAGGUGGCGGCAACGGCUGGGAUGGCUAUUGCUAUUUACGCGCUCUUCUUCUGCUUCUGCGGUCUCCAAGGGUUGUUGCAUUUGCGAGAGGGCAGGAGGGGGGCUAUUGCGCUAUGAGGUGGUUCCGACAGGACGACAACGAUGACGACUACGACGACGAAUAGCAUACCCACCUACCUAUCUAUGCUUGUACACGCACGUGAUAACAACAACAACGGCGAUGGCCACAUAUGGCGAAGAUUAUAGCGGAAAAGGACGAAACAGAGUCACAACAAGCAAGCAAGCAAGCAUCACUAGGUAGACUAGACUUUGCGACGCGACGCUUUCAGAAGAGGAGGUUCAUGGGAUAGCACACACAAUGGUACGGCGUUUUUGGGAUUUUCAAUUUUAUUCCGCGAGAUGGAUGCUUGAAGAACGAAGGUCGAGCUGCGGUGGUCAUGAUACUAUUGGAGCUGAUGAGAGCUCCCAUCGAGCAUCUGCCACCGUCAUUAUUGCUCCAGGGAAAUAAUCGAUGGGUUGCUGGACUGACCGGCACGAGUUGUCUCCACGACGGAGUGAGGUUCGUCGUCCAUCAAAAGAGUCCUUAGUUAGAGGAAGACAGUUGAGCUUUGGUUUUUACCUGGUCUACCGCGUCUUCGUCUUUCAUGUUUAUCAUGUGCAGUCACUUCUUGUCAUUCAUUGCUUCUUUUGAUGCCGCAGUUCAAUGAGCCUCAGGUCGUCGCGAUAGCAUAUCAGUAAUCAGGUUCCUGAUCAGCUAUACACAACAGACCGGUGAGAAAAUCAAAAUUGCCAUCUUUCGUCAU